GGAGAGGAAACUGUUCGCAAAACGUGUGAUGAUAAUUUGAUUCACCACGAUUCAACCAAAGGACUUGAAGAUGCCGCAGCGGUCGCCCUUCGCGAUCCAGGAGCUUCUGGGCCUGAAUGGUACCGGAAACGCCAACGGAUCCGACCGGGGAUCGCCGCACGGCUCACCGCCGGCUGGAGUCUCGGCCGUUUCGUACGCCCCAUCGGCUCCGCACCAUAAGCUAUGGGACUACAUGCCGUCCCUUACGAGCCACCUGGGGAACCUGGGGAACCUGGGGAACCUUGGGAACCUGACCGCCUCGAGGAUGGCCUACUUGAAUGCUCAGGCCGCCGUUGCGGCCGCGUUUCUACCCCCGCCGCACCCGCACCCCGCGCAUCACGUCGCGCAUCACCAGGUCCACCAACCCGGACAACUUCCGUCGUCACCCAGUGGCAACCUGCAUCCGGCGGCGCACGCGCAGCACGUUCUUCCGGGGACCGCGGUCGGUGCCAAUCACCAUCAGCAUAGUCCCAAUCAACACACACCCCCUCAUGGAUUCUCCCAGCUGAAGAACGCCUUUUCUAACACGAGUUCAGGUAUCGGACACAGUAUCGAAACUGGGAAAGACUUCACAGUCGACGGUCUCUCAGGUUUCAGCAAAAAAAAGAAGAAGAAACGUCGCCAUAGGACGAUCUUCACGUCGCAGCAGCUGGAGGAGCUGGAGGCGGCUUUCAAGGAGGCGCACUAUCCGGACGUUUACGCCCGCGAGAUGCUCAGCCUCCGAACGGAUCUUCCCGAGGACCGAAUACAGGUCUGGUUCCAAAACAGAAGGGCCAAAUGGCGUAAGACUGAGAAAUGCUGGGGCCGAAGUACCAUAAUGGCGGAAUACGGUCUUUAUGGAGCCAUGGUGCGUCACUCGCUCCCUCUUCCAGAAACCAUAUUGAAAAGUGCGAAGGAGAACGAGGCCGUCGCACCUUGGUUACUCGCGCAAUCGUCUAAGUCGAGCAGCUUUAAUCAAGAUUUCGAAAAUAAUCAAGAUCUGAUUGACUGUGGGUCUGUAGGGAUGCACCGGAAGUCCAUAGAGGCAGCGGAACACCUCAAGGGUGGCGGCGAAGAUAGCGGAAACGAUCAUGCCGGAAGCGGAAGUAGCCCCCACCAUAACCACCUUCAAGGCGGACCCACGAGCUCCGAGAGCGGCCAAGAGAGCCAGGAUGGUAUGGGGCCCUCCUCAUCUUCCGGAGGUGACUUCAAAGGCGUUCAAGACACCGAGCAGCUCAGGAACGAAAGCAUCGCUUGUUUGAGGGCCAAGGCACAGCAGCACCAGCUGCAACUGAGUCUUCAGCCGCCAACAGCACCUGGAACGACGCCGUAUUCGGCUCCUCCACAAACGAGCACUCUCCACGCCUGAGCUGAGGAAUUGACCCACGGUGUGUCCGAAUCCUCCGCAAUAAUAUUGUGAAGAUUAGCGAUCAGCGUGGUGGUCGAUUUGCUGUAAAAACGUGAAAAUAAUUCGUGGACUGCGAUACUGUUCAAUGAGAGAAGCAUGUGAAACUGCAAGAAUGCUAUCACGCUUGCGCACGAGUCUUUCAACGCUAUUUAGGCACAACGCAACGCUCAAGCGCGAGACUCUACCGAGUCUCGUGAUAG